AAGCAACAACACAACCAAGGCGUGGAGAGGCGAAGCUUCUCGAUGAUUGGACCUAGCCGUGCCGGCACUAAAGAUCCUCCCGCGCCACUGACCAUUUAGCUUGAUCGCAGGGGGGCCCCCGUGUUCCGCCACGCUUUGCUUCUAAACAAGAAGGAAUAAGCCCGGGCUGUGUGUCAAAGACAGUCCGUUGUCUCAAAUCGCACGACUGGGGAGCCCGUUUCGCACCGAAUUAUAGGUACACUGCGACUCCCCCCAGAAACAACUUGCGCGUGUGUGUGUAUUCUAUCUUCUGUGGACCUUGUCCGUUUCCGUCAUUAAGUGGACAUCAGAUUAGCCCAAAGGUGUAACCUGGCUUCUUGUGUUUAGUACAGAAACGGGCAUUCUCUCGUGAUAAACCCAGUGACUGUUUAGUUUGUGUCCAAGUUUGGAAGAAUACUGAAGGAGGCUCUUGUUGUGAUUUCAUACGUAUUGGAGGUUCGAACUCUUUCCCUUUCUGUUUUGUUCAUUUUAUUCUUGGGAUUAUCUUUAUCUCGAGGAAUGGACUACUUCAGCUAGACCCCCGCUGGACUAAACAGAACUUGUGAAAGGUCAAGAAAGUCCGCGGUGACAGUCCAGAACCGAAAGAAUAUAGCAGUGACAGGUCACCGAGCCCUAGUUCGGCUAGCGGCAGCUCUGACGGUGUGGAGAGUUCUAGACUGGAAGCUUGUCCCACGUCACACCAUCCAGUAAAUGGCACUUCACCAGGUGGGUCCACCGAGAUGUUAUCUUGCCACCAGGACAUUCCAUCCGAGGCCAACAGGUCAAGGUCAGCAGGUUACACCCAUGGUCAGCAUUGGUUGAUGAAAGCCUCGUCUUCCGAAAGAGUUGAUGUUAAGCCUGAGCCCACGAGUCCAGAUUCUGGGUCAUCUUGCAGUGGACAAGAGGACAGCUUAGAUACGGUCUUUUCCUACGGUGACCAAAAGUCAUUAUACUCAAGUACGAACUAUUCACCGGACCAUUUCUACAAGAACUUGUCAAGUCAAGGCAGCAGAUACCAGUCGCCAGACGAGCCUCCCUCAGUCCUCGCCCCGUCCUCCUGUCAGUCGUCCUCCGUUGAGAGCAGCUCCGAGAGCUCUCUCCCGGCCGGCUCCACCAUGAGCGUCAACAUGGGUCACGGGCAGUACGCUAGCAGCAUCAUGCAGGCAGCCGGAUACCCUGGCUACUACCAGGGCAGCCACAGCCCUUACAAUAUGUUACAGACCUCCUAUGGCACAGAUUCAUUAACUGCCAAGAUCAAAGGGCAGGCGAGCAACCAGGUGGUCAGUCCACCCUACAUGACUGGCUAUUCACAGAUCACACCAGCUGCCCAGGGCUACUAUUCAGGCUCCACUGGAAGCCCGGCCUAUGGUACAGCUAACACUUAUGACUUUUACGGCUACGGGAGCAACUACUACGACCAGUACCCUUACCUCACAUCAGCAGCCGCCCCUCCCACGACAACAGUGCCUUCCACCCAGACGUACCAGCUCAUCGAAACACCGUCAACCACCACGGCAGCCAGUGUAGCAGCGCCAGAGGUCAGUUACAACAGCUUGACCAGUCCGUCUCCACCUCUAAAAGAAAACGGUAAUAGUCCAAGAGCCAGGGGUGGUUCUCGGUCGAGGGGUCGAAGUCGAACCCAGCCCUCGCCCGGCCCAGAGUCGGAUCUAGAAAGGGUAUUCGUUUGGGAUUUAGACGAGACUAUCAUCAUCUUUCACUCCUUGCUGACCGGAACUUACGCUCAGAGAUACACAAAGGAUCCACAAGGAAGCAUGUCUAUGGGGCUUAGGAUGGAGGAAAUCAUCUUCAACUUGGCAGACACGCAUCUGUUCUUUAACGACCUGGAGGAGUGUGAUCAAGUACAUAUAGAUGACGUGUCAUCGGACGACAAUGGUCAAGAUCUCAGUAAUUAUAACUUCGCCAAUGACGGAUUCCACGCGGCGGCCAACAACGCCAACAUCGCAAUGGCCACCGGAGUGAGGGGAGGGGUGGAUUGGAUGAGGAAGCUGGCCUUCAGGUACAGGCGGAUGAAGGAGAUUUACAACAGCUACCGGAACAACGUGGCAGGAUUGCUGGGUCCACAGAAAAGAGAACAGUGGAUACAACUGAGGCAAGAGAUUGAGACUUUAACUGACUCCUGGCUCACUUUGGCCCUCAAGUCUCUACAAAUCAUACAUUCUAGGCCGAACUGUGUAAAUGUCCUGGUGACCACCACCCAGUUGGUGCCAGCCUUGGCCAAGGUCUUACUGUACGGCCUGGGUGGCGUCUUCAAUAUUGACAACAUUUACAGUGCCACUAAGAUAGGCAAAGAAAGUUGUUUUGAAAGAAUUGUGUCCAGAUUUGGCAGAAAGUGUACUUACGUAGUUGUGGGGGAUGGCAGAGACGAGGAGUCUGCCUCUAAACAGAUGAACUGGCCAUUUUGGCGUAUCUCCAACCAUUCCGAUCUAGCUGCCCUGCACCAUGCCCUGGAUUUAAACUAUCUCUAGCUGGCUCUCUACUUCUCUGCCCUGGGCACACUGCUUAGUUUUUGUUUUUGUUUUGUUUUAUUAUUGUGGAGUUACUUUCUCAAACUCACCCAAACAGAAGAGGAACAUUGAAAGAUUGAACAGAAAACUCUGAAUGUACAUUCUUUGCUUGUGCCUGGACAUGAAACAGUUUUAAACCCAGACAAGAUUCUUUGUGACUAUAUAUGUUUUAAGAUCUGGUCAGUGAAGUGACCAGCUGGACCUCUGCCUGAAACUUUCUGACCAGUCUGGCCAUAAGCUGGAAUUGAGUCAUUUUAUUGCAUUACACCCCCCAACCCCCAUUUUGUGUGUGUGCAUUCAUUAAGAAGUAAAGUAUAGUUUGUGUUUGACUUUGUGAUGAUGGAGAGUGAUUCGAUUCAUUGUGACUCAUGUUGGAAUUUAACAUGUAACUGAAACAUCGUGCUGAUUUAACUACAAAACCAACUCAUUGAUUAGACUCCUUUUCAAAUAUCAAGUGAACAGUUUUGUGUUUCCUGGUUCAUGAGUGAUUCAAUAUCAUCAGAGAUUUGAAUCUACUUGUGAUUCGUUGUCAUGAGAGAGUUACAUAAACUCAUGAUUCAAGCUCCAACAUAUACAAAUCAGAGCAUGUUUCAAACUCUGUUACAAUUCAGAUCAUCCAUCACUUACAAAUCAUUUCAUAAUUCCCACUCGAUUCAUUGAUUUAUUACAAAUCGGCUCAGACUACACAUACACAGCAAGCAACUUUUAAAUUGGACAAGAAGUUGUUUUUUUUUAAUGUUGUUCUUUUUAAACUCAUUGUUGUUGCUGUUAUUGUUGUGAUACUAAAUGAUGUUUGAUGUCAGACAUCACUCAACAUCCUACGUGCAGAACAUUUCACAUCACUGUGGAAGACAUCACAGCCUACCCGUACUGUAGCACAGUGAGAGGCUUCAGGACGUAGUCACAAUGAGAGGCCUCAGGACGUAGUCACAAUGAGAGGACUCAGGACAUAGUCUUCUGCAUUGCUUAAUAGGGAAAUUUCAAAAUGAGGUAUAUACUGGGUCAAAUCUUGACCUUUCACAAAGUUUAAGGACAUCUUAAUCGCGAACUUCAUUCUCCAAAGAUUCUUUUAACAACCAAAGAUUUCUUGACCCUACAACAUGAAAUAAAUUAGUGACAUAACUAAUUUGUUAUGUUUUUAUCUGAUAUUAACAUAUUUAGCUGUGUGCUUUUUAUUUUGUUUUAUAAUAUUUUUUUUUAAAUUAAUGGACAAAAUAAACCAUUAUUUCUGAUUGUCCUGAGUCAAGGAGUAAGUCUAUUUACCUCCCCUUGCAAUGAAAGUCUAUUUAUAGAAAUGUAUAUUUAUUCCUUUUUAGAGAGCUAUUACUUCUCCAGCAGUUCUGAGGGGGGUGUGAUAAUGUUGAGCCAAUGAAAUGUUUCUGUGUAUGGAAUAGUUUGCAUUCAAUUAUUGAAGCAAUUCUUCUCCAGAGUAUGAGAGUCCAUGGUUUGUAGUUAUGAUUUAAUAUUGGGGGGGGGGGGGGCAGUGUAAAUCUGUUUUCGGGUUGGCGGAUUUUUUAGAUAGGUUUUUAGAACUGUGCGUAUGUCUAAGCGUAAUAGUAUUGGCGUACAAGCUGAAAGUGUACAUGUUUAAGACAUUGUGAAUGACAAAGAAAUACUCGAGAACAUUGACUAAAGUUAUGACGUAUUUAGAACUGACUAAAGUUAUGACGUAUUUAGAACUGACUAAAGUUAUGACGUAGUUAGAACUGACUAAAGUUAUGACGUAUUUAGAACUGACUGAAAUUAUGACGUAUUUAGAACUGACUAAAGUUAUGACGUAUUUAGAACUGACUAAAGUUAUGACAUAUUUAGAACUGUCUAAAGUUAUGACGUAUUUAGAACUGACUGAAGUUAUGACGUAUUUAGAACUGACUAAAGUUAUGACGUAUUUAGAACUGCCUAAAGUUAUGACGUAUUUAGAACUGACUAAAGUUAUGACGUAUUUAGAACUGACUGAAGUUAUGACGUAUUUAGAACUGACUGAAGUUAUGACGUAUUUAGAACUGACUAAAGUUAUGACGUAUUUAGAACUGACUAAAGUUAUGACGUAUUUAGAACUGACUAAAGUUAUGACGUAUUUAGAACUGACUAAAGUUAUGACGUAUUUAGAACUGACUAAAGUUAUGACGUAUUUAGAACUGACUAAAGUUAUGACGUAUUUAUAACUGACUAAAGUUAUGACGUAUUUAGAACUGACUAAAGUUAUGACGUAUUUAGAACUGACUGAAGUUAUGACGUAUUUAGAACUUAAGUUAUGACUAUUGAAACUGUAAAUUUAUUUUUCAUGUUUUUUUUUUUUUUUGUUUUUUUUUUAAAUACUUAAAAGUUGUUUUUUUUUGUUUGAUGAAACGUCUAGAUCUAGCUUUAAUAAGAUAAACUAAGAUACAUCACAUUAUCUUGUUUGGAAACUGAACUCAAAUAUUUGUAUUGAACAAUGAAAUGAAGCAACUGCGUUUGAAAUAGGAGCUGCAACAGUCACUAGAAGUGGGUUGGGGCUGGGGGAUAUAUAUAUACACACACACACACGUGUACACACUUGCGUUGUAUUGAAGGGCUAGUGUUUCCAAGAUAUCAAUAGGAGAGUCCGUUUCACUUAGAGUUUUGAUGAGCGUAUUGCUUUCAAACCAUGUCUACGUCUCUAUCCUAUUGCUGGUGUUUAGAGUAUACACUGAUGUGGACGACCUAAACAAAAAUGGUGUAGAGAUAUAAGGUAUGUCACAUCACCCCUACAUAUUGAUAUAUCAGCUGAAGUCUUUGAUACAUAUAUAUGGGCUACUGGUCCUCGUGUAUGGAUGCAGUCCUGAAGCAGCACAUCAUCAGGUGUCCUGGUGUCCUUGCUCUUUCGUUUCCAGCAUUACUACAACAGCCGGGACACAGUGAGUUCUUAAACCUCUCUUUUUUUUUUUUAAAGUGACCUUGGACCUUUUCAUUUUUGUUCAUACCGGGAAAAGGUCAUUUCCGUUAUGGCUUCUCUGCUGCUCAUAGCAAGAGUUUGGAUUGGAUUGUUAAAAUCUAUGGAACUUUUUUAUUUUGUUCUGUCCUCCACUCAAGAUCACGACUGCACUUUGUGUCCGCUCUUGUUUAUGUUCUUAUUUGUAUCUAUUUAUUGGUCUGUGCUGGAAUCACUCUGCAAAACAUUAUCUGUUGGUAUUCUUGGGGCUUUUGAGACUCCCCCCCCCCAAAAAAAAAAAAAGGAUUGGUGUUAAAAUAAUUAUAGGUAUGAAUAGUUGAGUUGGGUUUUUCAGCCAUUUCGAAAGGCAGCCAAACGAAGAGAUUGAAAAAAAGUGGAUCGGGUCAAAAAUAUUUUAAUAGUAUUCCAAGUUUUUCAAAAACCUGGCCAACAAUAAAUCUUCUAGUUACUAGGCUUAAAAACGUUUAGGCUUCAGCUUUGCAUGGCGAAACAAAGUGGGUCACUUAAGGAAGUAGGUCAAUAAAUGUAUGUCAUAAUAAAAAAGUAGGUCAUAUGACAAAAAAAUAUUGGCUUUUAAUUAAAAUAUUUACCUUUUUAAAAAACAAAAAUAUUGUAAUAUUGUAGUGUGAGUUCCUCUACUGUUAGUAAGGAAAUAGUCUUUGUACUAAAAAUGUAGUUCACUAUUUUGGUCUGAACCUAACAGAAUUGAAAGCGGACAGCACUGGCUUUCAGAAAGUAUAUUUCUUUUAUGUUCUAUGUAUUUUUAUAUGAUAUCUAUUCUAUAUAUAUAUAUAUAUUGUUUUCUUAUGACUGGGUGCCAUCCUCUAUUCUCGUAGACCUAAACCAGCACACAUGUCAUACACAAAUGUCAUAUGAUUUGCUCAUGUCAAUCUGCUAUGUCAUGUCAUUUGAUUGCUAAUGUCAUAUUCCUGUAUUCAUUGUAUAAAGAAUUUUAAAACUUUAAAAAAAAUGAGAGAAGUAAAUAAAAUAAAAAAAAAAAUCAUUCAAGAUACAGAUUUCAAAA